GCAGCAAUUCCGGAAGAUGGUGGACAGUCGGAAGUCCUUUAACUUCCGCUCCCAGCGGAAGAUCACAAACCAGCACAAGGAAAUCAAGACCCUGCAGGAGGAGCAAGAUGAGAUCACCCUGCUUUUGAAUCUCAUCAAGUCCUCCAGGAACCUGGAUCUCAAUGAGAAAAACUACGUGGAACUGCGUUUCCUGCUGCAAACUAAGGAGGACUACGAGGCCCUGAUUAAAUCAAUGAAACUGCUGUUGGCUGAACUGGAUGAGAAGAUUGUUCAGAUGGAGAAAAAAAUUGUAACCCAAAGACAGAUCUUCACAAAAAUACAGGAGGCCAAUAACCCCCGGAAAUUGCAGAAACAGAUCCAUGUUUUGGAAACCCGUUUGAAUCUUGUCACUGUACACUUUGACCAGAUGCUGACCACCAACGCGAAGCUCCGGAAGGAGAUCGAGGACUUGAGGUGUGAGAAGGCUGCUUAUGACAAUGUCUACCAGCAUCUUCAUCGGCGCCUGUUGAUGCAGAAGAAAACAAUGAAUGUGGCCAUCGAGCAGUCUGCGCAGGCCUACGAGCAGAGGCUGGAAGCCAUGGCCCGAAUGGCCGCCAUGAAGGACCGCCAGCAGAAGGACAUCUCUCAAUACAACCUGGAGAUCCGAGAGCUGGAGCGCGUCUACGACCACGAAACCAAGCUCAAGUCCUUCUUGCUCGUCAAGCUGAAUGACCGUCUUGAAUUCGAGGAGCAGUCCAAAAAGGAAGAAGUUCUCAAGGCAAAGAAGUUUGGGAAGAAGAGCAAGGGCGAGAGUUUUGAGAGCUACGAGAUGGCUCACCUCCGGCUGCUGAAACUGACGAAGACUGGGAACCUGAAUCAGCUCAUCGAGGAGUUUCUGGCCAAGGAGGAGAAGAACUUUGCUCGGUUCACAUAUGUCACAGAGCUCAACAACGACAUGGAGAUGAUGCACAAGAAGAUCGAGAGAAUCCAGAAUGAGAUCUUGCACUUGCGAUCCCAGCAGAAAUCAUCCCAUGAUGAUAGCCACUCCAUCCUGAGAGAGCUGGAGGAGAAACUGAAGAAGACCACGAAGGAGGCAGACAUGUACGAGAACAACUACAGGGAGAUCAGCAAGACCUUGGAGUAUCUCAAGACCUCAGUGGAGAAUCUGUUUAAGAAGAUAAAUUGUGAUGCCACCAAGAUCCUGGUGCAGUUAGGGGAGACGGGGAAAAUCACGGAUACCAACUUCCCGCAGUACUUUGCCAUCAUUGAGAAGAAGACCAAUGACUUGCUGGUGUUAGAAUCCUACAAGCGGCUUAUGGAAAUGGAAGUGGCAGAGGCGGAGGUCCAGCCAUCCUUCCUCAACCCCUUCUGGGGCGGCUCCGCCCUCCUCAAGCCUGCAGAACCCAUCAAGGUCAUCCCCCCAGUGUUCUGGGCUGACCCCUUUAGUGACAAGUUGGAUGAAGUGGAGCAGCCCCUGGACCACAGCAGCCUUCGGCAAAUGGUGCUCAACCACUACACCACAAGAGAGUCUCGAAACAGGGACAGCAUACCUGAAAAAGGGGACGAGGUGAAGUCCAAGAAGAAGGUAACAGUCUAA